AGGGAAAUUAUGGGCUUCCUAAUGCGGUCAUCUCAGGUUGCGUCCUCUUCCAUCUGUGGUGACAAUGAUGCAGAAAUGAAAAAACUGAAACAGUGACAUCAUCACCAUCAUCAUCAUCAGUGAUCAUACGAGAAAGAGGAUUCCUUUUUUAACAGGAUCGAUUUUUCCCCUCGAAUGGAUAUAAGGCAUGGUUUUGACAUUUACAGUGAGAGCAGAAUAGGAUGACAGAUGAUACAGAUGAAAUAAGAGGAAUACAGAUUAGUAUUCCAGAGUGAGCAGGGGCCAGUGACAAUCAAGAAUCCUGAAUCCGGUAUCUGGCUCCAUGUUUUGCCGUGUGCCAGUGGAGUCCGUGGAAGAUGCCGAGAUCGCUGCAGAGGAGCUCUAAACGUACAGCUUAACACCAGCGCUGGGGAGAUCGGAUCUCCUCUCCUCUCCACUCCUCUGCUCUUGGGGAGGUGACGGGAAAGAGAGACAGCAGAGAGAGAGAGAGAGGGGGGAACAACGGAAAAACGGGAAAAGACACAGAGUAGCUAUUUUUGUUUUUUUUCCAGGCUGCUUGGACUAUCAGCCCGUGUGUAUGUGUGAAUUUUCCUGACUCUCUCUCUCUCUCUCUCAUAACUGUCUUCUGGUUUUCUGGGAUGGUUUGAAGACUUGUAUGUGAUGCUCCCUGCACAGAGACCAGCAGUAUUCCCCCUGGUCACCAUCCCGAGAUUUCAAUGAGGAUAGUAGCCUCACUCCACCCAGGAACAUGAAGGGCUUAUCAGGUGGUCGUGCACCGCACCAGAUUCCCACACUGCCCCCGUGUGGACUGGCGGAGUGCGAGCAUCUCCAUGACCUACAUGGCAUGCAUGUGUCCGAUCUGCGCCACUCCUACCUGCUCAGCCCCACGGAGACCUGCGCCAUGGACUUCCAUCACCGUCUUUCCCCCCGCAGCUCCAUUCAUUCCGACUGCAUGAUCAUGUCACCCGUGGCGCUAACUUCCACUGCCCCCACCGACCAUGUCUCCAGCAGCACCUUUCCCAGAAUGCACUACAGUUCGCAGUACUACGACCCAGCUGCCCGGGAAGACUGUGCAGCCAUCACCACCUCAGCCACAUCCGCCGCCAUCGCUGCUGCAACAUCUGCCUCUCACCAUGUCAGCAGCAAGAGCAACCGCAUCCCCGCAAACCUGCUGGACCAGUUCGAAAAACAGCUUCCACUUCAUCGUGACGGCUUCCACACACUCCAGUACCAACGCACAUCUGCCGCCACAGGUGGGGAACAGCGCAGUGAGAGCCCUGGUCGCAUCCGACACCUGGUGCACUCCGUCCAAAAGCUCUUCACUAAGUCCCACUCACUGGAGGGAUCGUCCAAGAUGAAUGGCACCAAAGGUGACAGUGGAGGUGGGGGAAGCCAUCACCAUCACCACAGCAAUCAUCACUCAUCCAAGCAUGGCAGCAAGCGCAGUAAAAGCAAGGAGCGCAGGCACCGGUCAGGGACAGGGGGCUGGUGGAGCUCGGAUGACAACCUAGACAGCGACAGCACCUACCGCACGGCCAGCGCCUUGAGCCGCCACCAUUAUGAGCACGUCGGCCACAGUUUCCCAGAAUCCAUGCACACACACUUUGGAGACCACUCUCUCAAAACCUCCAAAAGCAACAAUGACGUCAAGUGUUCAGCCUGCGAGGGCUUGUCCAUGACACCUGAGGGGAAGUUCAUGAAGAGGAGUUCCUGGUCAACGCUCACCGUCAGCCAGGCCAAAGAGGCCUACCGAAAGUCCUCCCUAAACCUAGAGAAGCCCAUGAUGCAUCAGGACCUUAAACCAUCGUUCCGGGCCUCACACUACCUACAGGUGCCUCAGGAUGAGUGGGGGGGUUAUCCAGGGAUUGAGAAGGACGAGGAGAUCCCGUGUCGCCGGAUGCGUAGCAGUAGUUACGUCAAAGCCAUGGGAGACGAUGAUAGUGGUGAGUCUGAUACCAGCCCUAAGACGUCGCCUCAGAAGACUGUGCGGUCCGAUGCCCUUGUCCUUAAAUCAGCCAUGCAGAGGCCACAUAUAGACACCCAAAGCUCUGGCUACCACUUGCAAACAACAAGAGAUAUGCGCCCUCACCCCAGCGUGUCUCUGGACCCAGCAACCAACUUCAACCCUCCACAGUUUCGCUCCAGAAACCAGAGCUACAUGCGUGCAGUCAGUACCUUCAGUCAGGCAAGCUGUCUCAGCCAGGUGAGUGAGACUGAGGUCAAUGGCCAGUUUGAGUCAGUUUGCGAGUCCGUUUUUAGCGAAGUAGAAUCCCAGGCCGUGGAGGCCUUGGACCUGCCCGGCUCUUUCCGCACUCGAAGCCACAGUUACCUGCGUGCAAUUCAGGCUGGGUAUUCCCAAGAUGACGACUGCUUGCCUUCAAUGACAUCUUCUACUGUCACUUCAACUCUCAGAUCCACAACAGGGGCCCGUAGAUUAGCUGGGGGGCGUAGAAUGUACGGGAUCCAGUUUCGUCUCCCCACUGCCUGUGGUGUGGAUCGAACAGAAACCCCCACUCCAGCAGUAGUGACAUAUACACCUGACUACAAGAAGACCCCUCCACCUGUUCCUCCUCGUUCCACCACUAAGCCGCUGAUUUCUGUAACAGCCCAGAGCAGCACAGAGUCGACGCAGGAUGCGUACCACGAGGGUCGGCCAUCACGGGGAGGGCUUUGGGCACCAGAUAGCCUCGGCCGGGUUAUCUACACCUCCACCGACAGCCUGGAUAGCGCAAAGGCGGUGACCCUAGCAAUGGAAACCGCACCCAAGCGCCUCACUUCUGCGGGGAGCUACAGCUCCGUUCAGACCUGCGAUAAGGCCAUCCUGGUGUCCAAAGCAGAGGAAUACCUCAAGACUCCACGCUCUUCCAUCGGGAUACAGGUGGAAGCAGCCACAGAUUCUGAGACAGAUAGUAAAGGUCUCCCACAGUAUCAGUCUGUGGGUAUCCAGGUAGAGGACGAGAAGAGAAUUGGCCGCUUUAAACGGUCCAACAGUGUGACGACGGCAGUUCAGGCCGAUUUGGAGCUGGAGGGGUUUCCUUCGACCGAAGACAAGAGUCUGCAGUUUGGAGGAUUUCAGCGGCAUUCUGAACCCAGUACGCCCACACAGUACAACGUGGUUCGGACUGUACGAACACAGGGCCUUUUUAGCUACCGUGAGGAUUACCGACCCUCCAGCGGGCCGCCCAGUCCACAGCCCGAGCCCUGGCUGGUGGAGCCCGCUCAUGAAGCAGCCGAGUCCGGCCGUGUGUCGCCACACCACCGCGACGGCAGCUGGUUCAUGCAGCUUCUGCACAGUGAGACCAAAAGGAUGGAGGGAUGGUGCAAAGACAUGGAACGUGAGGCGGAGGAGCACGACCUAUCAGAGGAGAUUCUUGGGAAGAUCCGGAGUGCUGUGGGCAGUGCUCACCUCCUCAUGUCCCAGAAAUUCCAGCAGUUUUACUGGUUGUGUCAGCAAAAUCUGGACCCCAGCGCUAUGCCCCGUCCCACAGCUCAGGACCUGGCUGGGUUCUGGGAUCUCCUGCAGCUCUCCAUCGAUGAUGUCACUGCCAAGUUUGAUGAGCUGCAGCAAAUCAAGAGUAAUGAGUGGAGGAUAGUGGAGAGUCCAGAGAAGAAGGAAAGAAAAUGGCCGCCUCCUGUUACAAAGAGGCCUCCUAAAGGUCGUGGAGCUGUCAUGCGUGAGCGAUCCCUGGAUCUGCAGGACCGACAGAGGCAAGAGGCCCGCCGCAGGCUCCUGGCUGCAAAACGGGCUGCUUCUUUCCGUCAGAGCUCAGCUACAGAGCGGGCCGACAGCAUAGAGAUCUACAUCCCUGAAGCCCAAACCCGUUUAUGAAACACAUAUAUACUAUGCCUCACCAGUGCGCUUCACCAACAGGGUACACCCAUUCUGCUCCAUGUCACCACUGCACUCACAUCUGUUACAAGUAUUCUUCCUCUGCUCAUCAUCUACUCUGAGCUGAGAAUAGUGGUGAGUUUAUAUAUGCCUCAAACAGAGCUCAAUGCAAAGAGGUCUUGGCAGUCUAUGCACUCCAAGACCUGCAGCUAUUGCAACCCAGUUUGUAUAUCAGUUUUAGUACAUUCAGAGGCCAAAACUAAGGCUUUGUUCACACUGCACACAAAUCCGAUUUGGUUUUCACAUCCCAUUUUUAGGACACAGUUAGGAGGCAGUUGCAAUAGUAGUGAUAUAAGCAUCAGCAUGAUGCAAAGAGGACAGUUAUCAUGACAUCUUGCCACGGUGCUGAACUCAUGAGAUGUGUGAGAGCGAUUAGCUCAUAUUAGCAAUUCUUAUUAACAUUCACGCAUAAGCUGUGUCUGAAAUCACUUACUCACUAUUAAUGACAUGAAUGUUAUGGAGCCCUAGGGACAUGCUGAUGGAAAUUAUAAUUCAAUGCUUUUUUGUUCUCUCGCCAAAACUUCUUGCAAACUUUACGCUCCCAACUUUGCAUUUUAUCACAACACUGUUGUGUGCUUUUUUUUUGCAUGCGCAAAACGUUUGCAUUUCCCUGAGGAGCUUUGAAUUCUCUCUAAAAAUGUUUUGUUUUCUCACAGAACUUUUGCGUUCCCUUUAGAAACUUUGCGUUCUCUCAAAAAAUGUUUGUUUCUCUAAAAAGCAUUUUUGUGUGUGUGUGCAAAACAUUUGUUUCUCACUAAACUUUUGCUUUCCCUUAAGAAAUGUUGCUUUUUUUCACUAAACGUUGCAUUGUCUUACAAAACCUUUGCGUUCCCCUGAGAAACUUUGCAUUUAUUUUUUAAACGUGGACAUUAUGAUUUCUUGCGAAACAUUUGUGUUUCUCACAAAAUGUUUGCGUUUCCCUAAGAAAUGUUGGUUUCUGUCACUAAACGUUUGUAUUCCCUUACAAAACAUUCAUAAAGCGUUUGCACAAAAAAUUAGCAUUCUCUCAAAGUUUUGCGAAAAAAAUUCACAUUGUGUUUUUCUCACAGAAUGUUUGCGCUCCCCCAAAUUUUGUUGCUUUCUCUCACUACAUUUUUGCUUUCUUGCACAAAACUUUUUCAUUCUCCUGAGAAUUUUAUUUUUUCCCAUUCACUCGGAAAACAUUUGUGUCUGGGGGGAAUGCAAUACUUUAUUUUGCUUAGAAAUAUAAUUUGUAUUUCCAUGUCCCCUUUGGGGCUCCGGUGAAUGUCAUAUAAUUUAUUAUAAAAGUAAAAGAAAAAGAGACAUACAAUUUGCGAUACUUCUGGAAUGACAAAAAACUACUUUCUUUAAUCUUUAAUGUAAUCUAUCUGUUCAGACACAUUCUAAAAGAUUUUCAACUGACUACAUAGGGAUGUACUUUGGAAACAUCGGAUUGCAAAAAAAAUUAAUAAAUCAAAAUUUUGCUGCCUGUCUGAACAAAGCCAAAGUCUAGCCCUCAGCAUAGGCACAGUUAACACUCCUUUCAGAAAAUGUAUUCUAUAGCAUUGGCACAAAACUAAUGUCACAACGUAGUCACUUCAUCCACACAGAAAAAUAAAACGACUCUAAACUUGACUUAGUAUGGAGUUUAGAUUUAAAUAAGGGAAUUUAAGAUUGCAAAGUCUUUACUGCUUAAAAGGUUGUGCAAAGCAGUUCUACUUCUUAAAUGAUCCACAUUUGUAUUUCCAACGGAAAUGUUGAUCUUGAUCCUCAUGAUGUUGUCGCAGUUGGGGAUUCGCAUGAAGGUUUUGCUUCUAGACUUCAAUUUAGUUUUAGCUUCAGGGUUUACAGAGAUUAAAUCUAGUUCUGGACUUAAAUGCACUGUCAAAGAGAAGUCCUUUUAUUUAACUGCUAAGGUUUAAAGUUCAUUCAGCCCAAAAAGGCCUCGAUAUCAUUCAGUCAUAGCUUGACUUUCAUUGACUGACCGCCGGUUUUACACAAAAACAUUUACAGAGAAGUAUUUAUAACACCAAUCUUCCUCAGUGUUCACCACUCAAGGUAGUCUGUGACAUAUAAAGGUGCAAAAGAAACUUUAAUAAUAUUACUGUAAAUGGUGCUGCUUUUUACUCUAAAAUGUAGAAGCCCCCUCCUCUCCUUUCUGCACAGCACUAUAAACCACCUGUGGACUUUUUAAAGGGAGGUUUAACACGGUGUCUCAACGCAUCUCAGAUUAUCAUAUUUACGGUCACUGGUUUGUUGAAAAAAAAUUCAUGUAUUUUAGGUUAGACAGUUAUGAUUUUUGUAUAUCACAGUUUUUCGGUCCAGCAUUUGCACAACAUUGUGCCCAUCUGCCACUUUUGAGAACAGAAACAUGGGUGUGCAAUAGGGGUCUCUAUGAUGAAUUCUUGAAUUCAAAUACCAUAUUUUCAGUUGGGUGGCAACAACUCAGUUUUUUAUUUUGAAUUUGGCUUUAAGUUCUUUAUUACCUUUAUUGUGGACUAAAUAAUAACCAACAGCAGCAUUAGAUUCAGCACCUUAUAUUUGUAAAUACAGCAGCUAUUUAACAGCAGUUAUUAUUUAUUUUUACUGGCACAAUGAUGAAUUUUAACUGUCCACAACUGUGAUUCCGGGAUUUUUCCCCUGGUUCCAGGCCUAACUAUCCAGAGAUGGCGGUACUGUCUAUCCUCUUAGCAUAACUGCUGCUUAAAUUCAUAAGGCGUUAGAAAGCAGCAUAUAAAUCCCUGGCUUUUUUGCUAUUUCCUUUACCUGGCAGCCUUACAGCAUCUUACGCAAAAAGCAUUGUGAAUGUACUGCCCUGCUCUUGCAAAAAAACAAAAAAAUAAAAAAAUAUUAAAAAUUAAAUAAAAAGGAAAAAAUAAAACAAAAACAAAAAAAUGAAGAAGAAUCAGAAGAAGAGAAGGAAUUGUCAAUAAAUGUUUCAGCUUGUUUUAGAAGUACAAUCAGUCUCAUUGUACAGGAAAAAAAGUCAAUUGGGUAAUGAUUAGUUUUAAUACCACAGUUAAAGCAAGGGAUAGUUCAACCUAAAAUGAUUUACUAUCAUCUUGAUCUCCAUUGGUAUAAUCCUCAUAUUGAGCACAAAAGGAGCUCUUUAGUGAAUAUCCAGGCAGCUUAUUUCUACACAGUGGAAAAAGAUGAUGCCAAAAUUACUGGCAAGAUUUUAAAAAAUACAUAAAUAAAUCAGAUGGUAGGACUAGAGCUUGAAAGGUUGGGUCUCCACACCUCACUGCAAGGACAAAAGCAGCCAGGACAUUCUGCAAAACAUCUUAUUAUGAGUAACUGCUUACAUUUUAGGGUGAACUAUCCCUUGGAGAAGUGAGAUAGGUUGAGUGUGUAAUACUGUGCUUUUACACACUGUAGUGGCUCAGUAUUGCUGUCUCAGUUCUUCUUUCAAUGUAUUGUAAGCACUGCAUAUACAAAGAAAUUAUAAAUGCUUUACAAUUAGUCCAAAUAGUUUGAGAGAGAGUUAUUUAAACUCAUAUAAAAGGUGGAUACAGAAUAUUAUUUUUUAUUUUUUUUUUGCUUGAGGUUCUUCUUCACAGCUGUUGCGUUUCCUUUCAUGGCAACUGUAAGUCAGUGGGAAGGCAUUGACAUGCUACCAACUGCUGCUAAAUAUGUACACUGAGGUACAGUUAUCAUCUUGCACAUUUUAUAAGGAUGUAUAACAGCUAAAAUAUGAUAGCCCACAACACAGAUGUCUUUUUCCAUGAUUUGCAUAUUUUAGUCCAACUUAAGAGUACUUUACAACUAGGUCCUUUUUCAGAGAAACUUCCAGCCCUGUUUUAAAAGAUAUGGUCAUAAAAUAAUGUGUUCAGGCAGUGCUGAAAAGGUGUGGCUAGAUGUAUCGCUGCUUGUGUAAAUGUAAAUAGUUGUAGAGUGCCAUCAACUGACACAUGCCAUGUGUCUUUUUUUUUUUUUUAAGUAGAGAUCUAGAUAUUGGUGAUUAUAAAAGGUGGAAACAUCCAUAGGUGCCUUAUAAUCAGUGUUGGAGACUUAAAAUGAUUUGCAUGAGAUACGACUUAUGCAGAGGAAAUGUCAAAGACUGGCGAAACCCUGCAGUAUUAUUUCUCGUCAUGCAUUUCUGAUCAUCUGAUCAUGUAGGGGCUCAAAAAAUGUUUAAACAGAUGCAUGAUUGGUGGGAACAUUGAUAUUUUGAUGAAAUGUAUUUUGAUUAGAACGUCAUCUCUUGGAUUAUCUUGUGCAAAUUUGGGUUCUGUACUUCAUCAGGACUGUGUGAUAGUGAUGUGUUCAGUAUAAAUAUUGACAGCUAUUAGGGGUAUUAAUAUAGUGUUUUAUCAAUAUGGAAGUCUAAAGGUGCGGUCACAUUAAAAUUGGAAAAACGUGCCUACUUACAUUUUUCCAAAACUCCAAAAAUGUUGGGGCGCAGUAAUGGGGGGAAGGGCCCUGAUUUCCGAUUUCUAUCGAGGGAGGCCUGAGUCAAUAUUGCAGUUUCCAGUUGAUUACGGUGCAGACUAACGAUUAAUAAAGACUUAUUUGUGUGUGGUUUCUUGUGCAAUAGUACUAUGUUACGACCUCAGAACACUUUUACCAUAGUACAUGGUUUGUAAACAAACACAUUUCAUAACCAGCUCCUUAUGUAUGGCUUUUCUUAGGUAAUGAAUUUGCUCGGUAGCGCACCCGGUAUAACAUAAACUUAAAGUUACCAUAAAUUACCAUAAAGUUCAUAAGAACGAGUCCUUUAAAAGACAAGUCUCAAGAGAAUAAUUGAACAAAAAUGGCAUGGAUGCUUCAGUGUUUUUAUCUCAUGUUUGCGUUUGUUAACACUAUUGGUUGGGUUUAGUGUAGUAACGUCUUACUAAUGACAGAGCAUUAACCUUUUAGUGCCAUUCAACAGAUAUUUAAUUUCAGAACUGCUGUGAUACAAAAUACUGUGUGUUAUUAAUUCAUAACUAUUUUGGAUAAAACUAAAUGCACUAUUACCGCCACUCACUAGUCGUCACUUUGAAGUUACAGUGAAACAAGGGAGAAGCAACAUGAUAUCAUUUUGCAGAAAUGUCACCACAGGAACGGUUUUCCAAUAAGCCUGGGUUGAUUAAAAACGUGUUUUUUUCUGAUUUAUUAUUUAUUAUUAACUAUAUGUGACAUUAUAUCCUGUUGCCCAUAUUCAUUGCACCAUCUGAAAUUUGGUUAGUGUGACCGCACCUUAAGACUGAGGAAAGUGUUAAAUGCAGGUAACUUCAGUUUUGAUUUAUAUCUGUCCUCUGUUAAGACGGACACAUGAGGGCUUCACAUUGUUCAUCUCUACGAAACAAUACACAAUAUCAGACUAAAUGCCAGUGUCCAGCUCUCGCGUGCUUACACACUCUACCAGACUUGCCAGAAUGUGCAAUAGUGUAUAAAUACAUGGCAGGCACAUGGUGUCAUUACCUCUUAGUGUGUGGUAUUAAUGGCAGGACACUACACUAGUGCUAGUAAAGUCUCUCUACUAGCACUGAGUCUCUCUGCAAUCAGUUCAAGGCAAACAGAGCGAUUUGUCAUGCCUUUCAACUAUGCAGCAGCUCUAGUCUGACUUUGAGUUUCAGAAGAGACGCUUAUUCACAGAAACUAUAUGUUUACCCAUUUUUGUGAAUAGAUUUUAUUGAGGAAUAGCAAAAUAUGCCAUGCAACCCUGUUGAAAAGAUGAUUUAGAGCUGGUAUGAUGCUGGUCUAGCUGGUGGACCAGCAUAGCUUUGCUGUUCACCAGCAAGAAAUACUACAUAGGUUGGCCUACAAAGGCAAAACGCAUAAACAACCUUUUAUUUCCAAAACUGAUUUAGACCUGGACUUUUAGACUCUGAUCUGUACAUUUGGCUCAACUAUCGUCAGAUUCAAAUAAAAAAUUAUUUAUUUAAAAUUGCUGUAGUAACUGCAUUUGCAGCUAUAUAGCAAUUCUGCUGGUUAAGCUAGUUAAAAAGGACACUUCACACAUGCUGGUGACCAGCAAUGCUGCUUUCUUCAACAUGGUUGCAGUUUAUUUAUUCAUUGCAUUUCCAGAGGAUAUUUCUUGACUAUAAAAAACAUUUUAUAAAGUUGUGGCCAGUGUGUGCACGGAUAUACAGUAAAGCCGCAUUGCAAACGCAUUACAUCAUAACAAAAAAAAAAAAAACUGCGCUGCCACUUUCAGUUUACUGACGUACUGCAGGGAAGCCCUUUAAUAGGUUAUGUUAGUUUCUGAUUCUCCUCUUUGAGGGUCAGCUCCUCCAUAAUGCAAAGACAGCUAUUGUUCUAUGAACAAUGCUGUUAUUUCUUUUACUGAAAAUGUGAAAAUGUAAACAACUGUUUAAAAUACAUUGAGACAAUUGAGAGGUUAAAACUGGUGCUUUUGUCAUAGAGGUGUGCUGGAUUCAUAUAGGCAUGGAUUGGUUUUACCAGGACAAUCAACAUGCAUAUACUCACACUCAUACAGAAACAAUAUGUUCAGUAGAGUAUAGGCCUCACUGCCUGCCCUCCAAAUGGCAUGAUAAUCUUUUUAAGAUAUAUAUAAUUGCUUAUAAUUACAAAAUGAAAGAUUAUACCCUUUAUCAGUUGUUCUCUACCCCAAGAGAAGUCAGUUAUCCACCUAUUCAAGGCUUCUCUGCAAAGAAAUCAGAGUAUUAUAGGCAGUUGAAUCAGUGUUCAGCUGUAGAAAUUAAGUACAGAUGUUUCGCUGCCUGUUCAGCAAUAACCUGAAGGGUUUCAUUGAUCAUGGAACAGACACAAUUUGACAUCCUUUCUUUGGCAGGCUAUGUGAAAAUAAUGAUUCUUUAGGAUGUUGAGGUCUGUCUGUGGUGCUCCGUUGACUUUUCAGAGCGUGAGGUGGGAUUCAAGGCAGUUUUGCUGUGUAUUCACAGUUUUUGGUCUCAAAGGUCAACCAUAAUCCCAGUAUGAAAAUAUUUUGGUCUUAGUUUCUCAUGACUAAUUUGUCAAGGGGAGGGAUUUUCUCUUUUUUGUCUUGUUUUCCAGCACAUCUGAUGUAAUGUGGUUUGAACAAGUGAGACCUCUCAUAAAUGGGCUAUUAACAGUGAGUUUUUGAGAAUGGUUUGGCUUCAAACUUGUUUUGAAUCAUUAAAUAUAUCAAUAAUAAGGAUGAAUCUAAUGCCAAAUAUACAUUGUUUAUUUAGAAAAAAAUACAUAUACUGAUAAAUGAAUAUAUGCUUAAUUCUAUUUAUUUAUUUUUUGCUCUAACCCAUGUUUAUUUGAAACUUGUCAAGAUUAUUUUAUAGAGCUAUGACAGCAUGCAGGAUCGUAAAAGAAAACAAAAAAUGAAUGUAUGAUUUGAUGUUUCAUUGCUGUUAGUUGUUUUGGCAUUUUACAAAUAGUUUGGUAUUUGUACAAUUAAUUUGCUUUUUUAUUUAGAAUUCAUCGAGUCAUAUUCCCAUAUCUAAAUAUGAAAUGUUGGGUUUUUUUGCAGAUGAGGAUUUUAUGAAGGGGUUGGUCCUUCUCUGCUUUAGUUUUGCUUCAGUAUUUUGCCUCAUUUCAGAUUUGAUCAAUCUGCCUCUUUGAAGAACUGAAUAUUAAGUAUGAUCAUUUGUUGUACAUAGAACUACUAUUAAACUUUUUUGAAGAAAAGAAA